AUGGCGUCAUCCGUGGAUUAUGUGUUGUUGCUGGUGGCUGUCGUGCUGGUAUCGUACCACGUGGUGGUGGAAGGGGGGUGCGCUGGGAAGUGCUGCCGGGGUUCAGACAUCACCUGCGUAACGGCAGACUGGAGGAUGGACCGUGUUUACGGAACCUGCUACUGCGACGAGGGCUGCCUGAGGACCAAGGACUGUUGCUAUGACUACCCCACCGCGUGCCCAGGUAAGGGAGGAUGGGCGGAGUCACUACAGUAACGGUUGUCACGGUUGUCAUGAAUUGCCCCAAAUGCUACCCUAUUCCUUAAAUAGUGCACUACUUUAGACCAGGGCCCAUGGUUAAAAGUAGUGCACUAUAUAGGGAAUAGGGUGCCAGUUGGGACGCCAGACAUAGUGCACUAUGUAGGGAAUAGGAUAACAUUUGAAUUAGUGAACUAUACAGUAUAUGGAAAAUAUCGCCAUUUUGGAUGCAUUCUACAGUAUAUACAGCGCAUUCAGAAUCUAUUCAGACCCUUUUACGUUUUCCACAUUUUGUUACGUUACAGCCUUAUUCUAAAAUGGAUAAAAUAAAAUAACUUCCUCAGCAAUCUACAGACAAUACCCCAUAAUGACAAAGCAAAAACAAGGUUUGUAGAAAUUUUUGCAAAAUGUAUUACAAAUAAAAAACAGAAAUACCUUAUUUACAUAAGUAUUCAAACCCUUUGCUAUGAGACUCGAAAUUGAGCUCAGGUGCAUCCUGUUUCCUUUGAUCAUCCUUGAGAUGUUUCUACAACUUGAUUGGAGUCCACCUGUGGUAAAUUCAAUUGAUUGGACAUGAUUUGGAAAGGCACACACCUGUCUAUAUAAGGUCCCGCAGUUGACAGUGCAUGUCAGAGCAAAAACCAAGCCAUUGUCCGUAGAGCUCAGAGACAGGAUUGUGUCGAGGCACAGAUCUGGGGAAGGGUACCUAAACAUUUCUGCAGCAUUGAAGGUCCCCAAGAAAACAGUGGCCUCCAUCAUUCUUAAAUGGAAGAAGUUUGGAACCACCAAGACUCUUUCUAGAGCUGGCCGCCCGGCCAAACUGAGCCAUCGGGGGAGAAGGGCCUUGGUCAAGGAGGUGACCAAGAACCCGAUGGUCACUCUGACAGAGCUCCAGAGUUCCUCUGUGGAGAUGGGAGAACAUUCUAGAAGGACAACCAUCUCUGCAGCACUCCACAAAUCAGGCCUUUAUGGUAGAGUGGCCAGACGGAAGCCACUCCUCAGUAAAAGGCACAUGACAGCCCGCUUGGAGUUUGCCAAAAGGCACCUAAAGACUCUCAGACCAUGAGAAACAAGAUUCUUUGGUCUGAUGAAACCAAGAUUGACCUCUUUGGCCUGAAUGCCAAGCGUCACGUCUGGAGGAAACCUUGCACCAUCCCUACGGUGAAGCAUGGUGGAGGCAACAUCAUGCUGUGGGGAUGUUUUUUAGCGGCAGGGACUGGGAGACUAGUCAGGAUCGAGGGAAAGAUGAACGAAGCAAAGUACAGAGAGAUCCUUGAUGAAAACCUGAUCCAGAUCCCUCAGGACCUCAGACUGGAGCGAAGGUUUGCCUUCCAACAGGACAACGACCCUAAGCACACAGCCAAGACAACGCAGGAGUGGCUUCGGGACAAGUCUCUGAAUGUCUUUGAAUGGCCCAGCCAGAGCCCGGACUUGAACCCGAUCUAACACCUCUGGAGAGACCUGAAAAUAGCUGUGCAGCGACACUCCCCAUCCAACUUGACAGAGCUUGAGAGGAUCUGUAGAGAAGAAUGGGAGAAACUCCCCAAAUACAGGUGUGCCAAGCUUGUAGCGUCAUACCCAAGAAGACACAAGGCUGUAAUUGCUGCCAAAGGUGCUUCAACAAAGUACUGAGUAAAGGGUCUGAAUACUUAUGUAAAUGUGAUUUCUGUUUUUUAUUUUUAAGAAAUUAGCAACAAUUUCUAAAAAACAGUUUUUGCUUUGUCAUUAUGGGGUAUUGUGUGUAGAUUGAUGAAGGAAAAAAACUAUUUAAUCAAUUUUAGAAUAAGGCUGUAACGUAACAAAAUGUGGAAAAAGUGAAGUGUUUUGAAAACCACCCCUAAACUACCCUAACCCUACCCCCAGAUUACCCCCAUACCAACACUACCAUCAUCGCUGGGAAAGGCAGUUGGGAAAGAGAGGGAGAGAGAGAGAGAAAAAUAGUAGAUUGGGAAUCCAUAAUUGUUUUAAUUAACUGCCAAUAUGCCAACAUUCCAUUCAAACUUUGAAAUCAGUUGAUGAUGGGACUUAGACAAGUUGUAAAAGCAGUACUGAUAUUGUAUCAUAUUAUAGUGUAGCCAUGGUUUUGGAAUAAGAAAUAUUACUGAGCAAAAAUAUAAACACAACGUGUUGUGUCCUGAGCUGAAAUAAAAGAUCCCAGAAAUGUUAUAUUAUGCACAAAAAGCUUAUUUCUCUCAAAUGUUGUGCACAAAUUUGUUUAAAUCCCUGUUAGUGAGCAUUUAUCUUUUUCCAAGAUAAUCCAUCCACCUGACAGGUGUAGCAUAUCAAGAAGCUGAUUAAACAGCAUGAUCAUUACACAGGACAAUAAAAGGCCACUCUAAAAUGUUUUGUCACACAACACAAUGCCACAGAUGUCUCAAGUUUUGAGGGAGCGUGCAAUUGGCAUGCUGACUGCAGUAAUGUCCACCAGAGCUGUUGCCAGAUCAUUUUAUGUUAAUUUCUCUACCAUAAGCCGCCUCCAACGUUGUUUUAGAGGAUUUGGCAGUAUGUCCAACCGGCCUCACAACUGCAGACCACGUGUAACCACGCCAGCCCAGGACCUCCACAUCCGGCGAUCUUCACCUGCGGGAUGGUCUGAGACGAGCCACCCGGACAGCUGAUGAAACUGUGGGUUUUACACAACUGAAGAAUUUAUGCACAAACUGUCAGAAACCAUCUCAGGGAAGCUCAUCUGCGUGAUCGUCGUCCUCACCAGGGUCUUGACCUGACUGCAGUUUGGCUUCGUAACUGACUUCAGUGGGCAAAUGCUCACCUUCAAUGGCCACUGGCACGCUGGAGAAGUGUGCUCUUCACAGAUGAAUCCCGGUUUCAACUGUACCGGGCAGAUGGCAGACGUAUGGCGUCGUGUGGGCGAGUGAUUUGCUGAUGUCAACGUUGUGAACAGAGUGCCCCAUGGUGGCGGUGGGGUUAUGGUAUGGGCAGGCAUAAGCUACGGACAAUGAACACAAUUGCAUUUUGUCGAUGGCAAUUUGAAUGCACAGAGACACCGUGACGAGAUCCUGAGGCCCAUUGUCGUGCCAUUCAUCCGCCGCCAUCACCUCAUGUUUCAGCAUGAUAAUGCACAGCCCCAUGUCACAAGGAUCUGUACACAAUUCCUGGAAACUGAAAAUGGCCUGCAUAGUCACCAGACAUGUCCCCCAUUGAGCAUGUUUGGGAUGCUCUGGAUCAAAGUCUACGACAGCGUGUUCCAGUUCUCGCCAAAAUAUCCAGCAACUUCGGACAGCCAUUGAAGAGGAGUGGGACAUCAUUCCACAGGCCACAAUCAACAGCCUGAUCAACUCUAUGGGAAGGAGACGUGUUGUGCUGCAUGAGGCAAAUGGUCACACCAGAUACUGACUGGUUUUCUGAUCCACGCCCCUACCUUUUUUUUUAAAGGUAUUUAUUCCCAGUCAUGUGAAAUCCAUAGAUUAGGGCCUAAUUAAUUUUUUUCAAUUAACUGAUUUCCUUAUAUAAACUGUAACUCAGUAAAAUCUUCUAAAUUGUUACAUGUUGCGUUUAUAUUUUCGUUCAGUUUAUAUAUUUUAUAAUGACAAAUAUGUAAUGUGUAUCUGAGAUUUUUAUUGUGGCAUUGUCAUUGAGAUUUUAUGUUGGGACUGUUAUUCUGAAAAUACCCUUCCCAGACUCCCCUGCACGUGAGGAGGAUUCAUGGGAGACGUGUGAGUGACAGAGAAGGGAAGUGAUGGAGGUGUAGCCUAACGUGUUGUGUCACUAAAGUUUGUGCUGCUGCUACUUGGAAGGAUUCAACUAUAGAAAAUAACUUGAUUGUAACCCGUCCCUUUAUCGUCGAUCCCACGGGCCCUUCAGAGAAGGUGAUGGAUAAUUAGUCAGAUAAUUAGGGGUUACAAUAGCACUUACAGCUUUCCAAGAAAACAAGAAAUUGAGACAUUUAUGGUCUUCUUACAUAUAUUUUAGAGGCUAUUAAUACAGCAAAUUGAUAUAAAACCCAUAUAAACUAUAUUUAUAAUUAUAUGACAAUAUUUUAGGUUGACAAUAAUUAUAUUACAUAAUUUCUGAUACAUCAUGUCUUCCUUUUUAUUGUCCUGCGUAGUAAAAUCAGGAUUCUGCCUCUACUGCCAUCCAUUCCAAUUAGACUGGUUUGGAUUUCUCCCUGACCAAGAUGGCUGCCAUUUUCAGCCCAUUCUGGAACUUUGAGGGUUUAUGACAUCAUAUCCCCCCUCUAGUAAUUUAAUAUGAUUUCUAUGGUUAGUACACUGACUGAUCUGAUAUCAACUAUGUUGACUGGUUUCAAUCGUAACUGAUUUGCUUAUUAUGAAUUUGCAAACAGGAUGGAAUUAUGGACAAAUAUGUCAGGAAUGCACUUCGAUUAGUCAUUUAUCUCCGUCCCGAAUAGCACCUUUUUUUUUCCCGAUGUAGUGCACUACAUAUAGAAUUGAAUAGGAUCUCUGUGGCCAUUACUGUAGGAGUCAGCCAAGCCGAGCGAACCUAAUACCUGACACAUCAAAGACCCAGUACUCAGAGAGCGUUAAAAAGAGAAUGACAGGAUUAAAUGGGUCAGUGACUGGAUCCAGUUCAUUCAACUUUACAGUUACAUUCAGAUCACCUCAACGCUGUACAGAAACACUAAUCCUUCAAAUCCAAGCCUGCGUCCCAAAUGGCACCCCUAUUCCCGUUGGGAUCUGGUCAAAAGUAGUACACUUUAGAGGGAAUAGGGUGCCAACUCAAUCUCAUUGAUUGACUGUCACUUCUAGAAUAUUGAGCAGUCGGCUGAGUGAACUGUACACACCCUUGGCUCACAUGGUUUAAAAAGUUACAGAACUUCGGUCGUCAAACCAACAACACCUAAGUUGCCACCUCAAGGGGUUUUCGCUCCUAGUGCCUGGGACUUUUGUUCCAAACCCCUCCACUGACACAUCUGAUUCAGCUAAUCAAAGCCUUGAUGAGUUGGUAGGUGUGUUUUAUGCUGGGCUGGAACAAAAACAUGUACAUCCACCAAACCUGGAGUGAAGAACAUGGCAAGUGUAUGAAUGUCAGGUAACGAUUCCCUGAAUGGUCUAUCAAAAGAUGUAGAUGUGUCCAAGGACAGUGUUAUGCAGCAAUGCUAUGAAUGUACUAUUAAUGAAGCGUUGUUGAUGUAGCCGUUGUGUCACACUUCUGUGUUUUAUAGGUGUUUAUGAAGACACUCAAUGCAAAUUAUGACCUUGUUGUCUCUCCUCCAGGCCAGUCGUGUGUGGUGUCUGAGUGGAGUUACUGGAGCAGUUGUGGCCAGCCCUGCCAGCGGUCCGCGAGGGUCCGGUGAGUCCCGUGUGCUAUUUAUUAGUCAGGUUGGCUGCGUUUACACAGGAAGCUCAAAUACUGAUAUUUUGCCCAAUUAUUGGGGAAAAGAUCUGAUUGGUCAAAAAAGAUCAAUUAGUGGCAAAAUAUCAGAAUUGGGCUUCCUGUGCAAACCGCCGUUUUGUCCUAUUCCGAGGACCACAAUGGAAAUAAUAAGCGUAUUAAAACACUCAUGUGGUAUCUUCUGGGAUCGAUUUAUUUGUACUUUUAAAAUGCUUUAAAGUCUGCAAAUUUUAUGACAUUUUUUUUUACCCCCCCAAAAAUCUAUGAAUCAUCAAUCGACUGUAGGCAGCGCCACAUUGAGCAGGAGCCCAGGAACAGUGGAGAGCCAUGUCCCAGUCUGGGGGAGCAGGCAGGCUGCAUGGAGCACCGCUCAAACCAGGGAGAGUUCUGUGCUCAGAACACAGGUACACACGCACUAAAACACACAUGCUCUACCAACUGAGUCACAUAGUUGCAUGGUUAUAACGUGGGGACUGUGUUGGUCUCUCUCCAGGUCCUGGUUAUAACCUGGGGACUGUGUUGGUCUCUCUCCAGGUCCUGGUUAUAACCUGGGGACUGUGUUGGUCUCUCUACAGGUCCUGGUUAUAACGUGGGGACUGUGUUGGUCUCUCUCCAGGUCCUGGUUAUAACCUGGGGACUGUGUUGGUCUCUCUCCAGGUCCUGGUUAUAACCUGGGGACUGUGUUGGUCUCUCUCCAGGUCCUGGUUAUAACCUGGGGACUGUGUUGGUCUCUCUCCAGGUCCUGGUUAUAACGUGGGGACUGUGUUGGUCUCUCUCCAGGUCCUGGUUAUAACCUGGGGACUGUGUUGGUCUCUCUCCAGGUCCUGGUUAUAACGUGGAGACUGUGUUGGUCUCUCUCCAGGUCCUGGUUAUAACCUGGGGACUGUGUUGGUCUCUCUCCAGGUCCUGGUUAUAACGUGGAGACUGUGUUGGUCUCUCUCCAGGUCCUGGUUAUAACCUGGGGACUGUGUUGGUCUCUCUCCAGGUCCUGGUUAUAACGUGGGACUGUGUUGGUCUCUCUCCAGGUCCUGGUUAUAACCUGGGGACUGUGUUGGUCUCUCUCCAGGUCCUGGUUAUAACGUGGGGACUGUGUUGGUCUCUCUCCAGGUCCUGGUUAUAACCUGGGGACUGUGUUGGUCUCUCUCCAGGUCCUGGUUAUAACGUGGGGACUGUGUUGGUCUCUCUCCAGGUCCCGGUUAUAACGUGGGGACUGUGUUGGUCUCUCUCCAGGUCCUGGUUAUAACCUGGGGACUGUGUUGGUCUCUCUCCAGGUCCUGGUUAUAACGUGGGGACUGUGUUGGUCUCUCUCCAGGUCCUGGUUAUAACCUGGGGACUGUGUUGGUCUCUCUCCAGGUCCAGCUUUCAUCACCACCAUGGAGUUUGGUAAAGGAAGAACAAAGCAUGACAUCUUUGGAGCACCUCUGGACCCUGGGUAUGCUGCAUUAUAAAUGCUUUAUGACUGUUUAUAAGGAGCAAUGAGCUGUUAUGAAGGCUUAUAGCAAGUUGUACAAUGCUCUAUUACACCUGUCUACUCACAUAGGAUAUGGGGACGAAUCAGAUUCAAGGAACCUGUGGUACACACAGUGUCUUCAGAAAGUAUUCACACCCCUUUGACUUUUUCCACAUUUUGUUGUUACAGCCUGAAUUUAAAAUGGAUUACAUUUAGAUUUUUUUUGUCACUAGCCUACACACAAUAACCCAUAAUGUCAAAGUGGAAUUAUGUUUGACAUUUUUACAAAUGAAUUCAAAUGAAAAGCUUAAAAUGUCUCGAGUCAAUACGUAUUCAACCCCUUUGUUAUGUCAAACCUAAACAAGUUAAAGAGUAACAAUGUGCUUUAACAAGUUACAUAUAAAGAUACAACGACUCACUCUGUGUGCAAUAAUACUUUUUAACAUGAUUUUUGAAUAACUAUCUAAUUUCUGUACCCCACACAUACAAUUACCUGUAAGGUCCCUCAGUCGAGCAGUGAAUUUCAAACACAGAUUCAAUCACAAAGACCAGGGAGGUUUUCCAAUGCCUCGCAAAGAAGGGCACCUAUUGGUAGAUGGGAACAAAAUUAAAAAGCAGACAUUAAAUAUCCCUUAGAGCAUGGUGAAGUUAUUAAUUACACUUUGGAUGGUGUAUCAAUACACCCAGUCACUACAAAGAUACAGGUGUCCUUCCUAACUCAGUUGCCGGAGAGGAAGGAAACUACUCAGGGAUUUCACCAUUAGCCACUGCUGACUUUAAAACAGGUUAGAGUUUAACGGCUGUGAUAGGAGAAAACUGAGGAUCGAUCAACAACAUUGUAGUUACUCCACAAUACUAACCUAAUUGACAGAGUGAAAAGAAGGAAGCUUGUACAGAAUACAAAUAUUCCAAAACAUGCAUCCUGUUUGCAACAAAGUAAUACUGCAAAAAAUGUGGGAAAGCAAUUAACUUUUAGUCCUGAAUACAAUGUGUUAUGUUUGGGACAAAUCCAAUACAUUACUGAGUACCACUCUCCAUAUGUUACCACUCUCUGCAUCAUGUUAUGGGUAUGCUUGUAAUUGUUAAGUACUGGGGAGUUUUUCAGGAUAAAAAAUUAACGGAAUGGAGCUAAGCAGAGGCAAAAUCCUAGAGGAAAAACGUGGUUCAGUCUGCUUUCCACCAGACACUGGGAGAUUCAUUCACCUUUAAGCAGGACAAUAACCUAAAACACAAGGAUAAAUCUACACUGGAGUUGCUUUCCAAGAAGACAGUGAAUGUUCCCCAGUGGCUGCGUUACAGUUUUGACUUAAAUCUACGGUAAGAACUGAAAAUGGUUGUCUAGCAACGAUCAACAACUGAUUUGACAGAGCUUGAAGAAAUAAUAAAUGGCCAAAUGUGUAUUGACUCAGGGGUGUGAAUACGUAUGUAAAUGAGAUAUUUCUGUAUUUAAUUUUCAAUGAAUGUGCAAACAUUUCUAAAAACAUGUUACACUUGAUCAUUAUGGGGUAUUGUGUGUAGAUUAGUGAAAGAAAAAAAAUAAAUGUAACCCAUUUUGAAUUCAAGCUGUAACACAACAGAAUGUGGAAUAAGUCAAGGGGUAUGAAUACUUUCUGAAGGCACUGUAACUUUUUAGUUCAAAGGAACCUGUGGUAAAAGAAAGGGUGCCAUUUGUAUCACAGGGAGGAAAUCUCUCCUUUAAGAAAUGAACUGUAAGGGCUCCAUAUGAAGUACAACAGGAUGUUGUUGGAGAUAAAAGCCAUGCUUUGUGGGGGACUUUUUAUCUUGGCAUGAGGUGAAGCAGAGAAUAAUUGUCAGAUGAAGAUAUACAGUGCAUUUGGAAAGUGUUCAGACCCCUUGACUUUUUCCACAUUUUGUUAAAUUAGAGCCUUAUUCUAAAAUUGAUUAAAUUGUUUUUUCCCCUCAUCAAUCCACACACAACACCCCAUAAUGACAAAGCAAAAACAGAUUUUUAGAAAUUUUUGCAAAUGUACAUAAGUAUUCAGACCCUUUACUAAGUACUUUGUUGAAGCACCUUUGGCAGUGAUUAGAGCCUUGAGUCUUCUUGGGUAUGACGCUACAAGCUUGGCAGACCUGUAUUUGGGGAGUUUCUCCCAUUCUUCUCUGCAGAUUAUCUCAAGCUCUGUCAGGUUGGAUGGGGAGGUUGCUCCAGAGAUGUUUGGAUCAUCAAGGAUCUCUCUGUACUUUGUCAGAGUGAUUUCUAAAAAAAUCAAUUGAUUAGGAUCUAUGCUCUGUCAGAGUGAAAAAACAACAAUUUAAUCUAUUUUAGAAUAAGGCUGUAAUGUAACAAAACAUGGAAAAAGUGAAGGGGUCUGAAUACUUUCCGAACACACUGUCUUUAGUUCAAAGGAACCUGUGGUACACACAGUUGAAGUCGGAAGUUUGCAUACACCUUAGCCAAAUACAUUUAAACUAAGUUUUUCACAAUUUCUGACAUUUAAUCCUAGUAAAAACUUCCCUUCUUAGGUCAGUUAGGAUCACCACUUUAUUUUAAGAAUGUGAAAUGUCAGAAUAAUAGUAGAGAUAAUGAUUUAUUUCAGCUUUUAUUUCUUUCAUCACAUUCCUAGUGGGUCAGAAGUUUACAUACACUCAAUUAGUAUUAGGUAGCAUUGCCUUUAAAUUGUUCAACUUGGGUCAAACGUUUUGGGGUAGCCUUCCACAAGCUUCCCACAAUAAAUUGGGUGAAUUUUGUCCCAUUCCUCCUGACAUAGCUGGUGUAACUGAGUCAGGUUUGUAGGCCUCCUUGCUCAUACACGCUUUUUCAGUUCUGCCCACACAAUUUCUAUAGGAUUGAGGUCAGGGCUUUGUGAUGGCCACUCCAAUACCUUGACUUUGUUGUCCUUAAGCCAUUUUGCCACACCUUUGGAAGUAUGCUUGGGGUCUAUGUCCAUUUGGAAGGACCCAUUUGCAACCAAAAUUUAACUUCCUGACUGAUGUCUUGAGAUGUUGCUUCAAUAUAUCCACAUAAUUUUCCUUUCUCAUGAUGCCAUCUAUUUUGUGAAGUGCACCAGUCCCUCCUGCAGCAAAGCACCCGCACAGCAUGAUGCUGCCAUCCCCAUAUUUCACUGUUGGGAUGGUGUUCUUCGGCUUGCAAUCGACCCCCCUUUUCCUCCAAACAUAACGAUGGUCAUUAUGGCCAAACAGUUCUAUUUUUGUUUCAUCAGACCAGAGGACAUUUCUCCAAAAAGUACGAUCUUUGUCCCCAUGUGCAGUUGCAAACCGUAGUCUGGCUUUUUUAUGGCGGUUUUGGAGCAGUGGCUUCUUCCUUGCUGAGCUGCAUUUCAGGUUAUGUCGAUAUAGGACUUGUUUUACUGUGGAUAUAGAUACAUUUGUACCUGUUUCCUCCAGCAUCUUCACAAGGUCCUUUGCUGUUGUUCUGGGAUUGAUUUGCACUUUUCACACCAAAGUACGUUCAUUUCUAGGAGACAGAACGUGUUUCCUUCCUGAGCGGUAUGACGGCUGCGUGGUCCCAUGCUGUUUAUACUUGCGUACUAUUGUUUGUACAGAUGAACGUGGUACCUUUAGGCGUUUGGAAAUUGCUCCCAAGGAUGAACCAGACUUGUGGAGGUCUACAAUUUUGUUUCUGAGGUCUUGGCUGAUUUAUUUUGAUUUUCCCAGGAUGUCAAGCAAAGAGGCACUGAGUUUGAAGGUAGGCUUUGAAAUACAGCCACAGGUACACCUCCAAUUGACUCAAAUGAUGUCAAAUAGCCCAUUAGAAGCUUCUAAAGCCAUGACAUAAUUUUCUGGAAUUUUCCAAGCUGUUUAAAGGCACAGUCAACUUGGUGUAUGUAAACUUCUGACCCACUGGAAUUGUGAUACAGUGAAUUAUAAGUGAAAUAAUCUGUCUGCAAACAAUUGUUGGAAAAAUGACUUGUGUCAUGCACAAAGUAACCGACUUGCCAAAACUAUAGUUUGUUAACAAAGAAUUUGUGGAGUGGUUGAAAAACGAGUUUUAAUGACUCCAAGCUAAGUGUAUGUAAACUUCCGACUUCAACUGUACCUCUUUAGUUCAAAAGGUUUCAACAAUCUUUCUGGUUCGAAAUGUGAGCCUUUGCCACCACGGCACACUCGCGACAUCAUCACAGCAAAAACAGAUUUUCUACAGCCCAAAUGAAGUGUUUACUGACCAGGAUAUCUAGAUCGCACGCGCGCACACUUGUACUCAUCAGGUAUGAAACAUGAAUGACAUCACAUGUACAAAGGAUCUGGACUACAAUGGCCCAAGUUGCUCUGAACACACACACACCCCAUCUGAAACGGGAAGUCCCAGCUCCCUCGUGCGCCCCUGUAAUUCAUUAUUCAAUCCAAUAACUUUUGUUGCAUCUAAAAUGGCACCCUAUGGGCCCUGGUCAAAAGUAGUACACUAUAUAGGGUAUAGGGUGCCAUUUGGGACGUACACUGUGUGGAAUGGUACAUAUGAUAUUUCAAAACCCUCCUCUGUCAGGUUCUGUAUGGAGUACAAGAUGGAGUCUCUGACUCCUCACUGUACGGUGGAGAACCGGCCACACACCCGCUGGACGCAGUACCUACGGGAGGGCUACAUCGUGUGUGUGGCCUGCCAAGCCCCCGCCAUGCGUAACCAUAGCGACAGCUGCCAGGGAGACGGACAAGAAUACAAUAGGUACGGAGUCACUCACGGAUCAUUUUAAAGACGUUUGCCUACUAUAAAUAAAGUCAUGUAAGCCCUGUUCCAGCCAGAACGGCCAUGUAGUGUAGAUUCUGUAGUUAGGCUUUGAUGUACAACCCCUGGAAAUGACGCUAGUUGAUUUAUCAUACAGGCACAUUAUUGAUGAAUGACAAAUGCAAGUUCAAUGUGUAGACUUAUACGAUGGUACGGUAUUCUUAGUUUGCGGUAACAUUUAACUGGAGCACAAGCUUAGCGAAACAGUUGCAUGGAUGAAGACUAGUCUAGUCAGGGAUGGGAUACGUUUCUGUUUUUAAACUGAAACGUGAAAGAGGUUUCACACACAGUAGUUGAGUUGUCGUCAGUGUUCUGUUUGUGGCGCUACUGUAGCCUUGACCCCCCACCUCUCCUGUCAGAACAGCGGCAUCUCCAAGCCUCUUCCUUUAACCCUGUGUAUCAUGGUCUGCCUCCACCAAGCCAUUGCUAUUAGCUUUGUAGCAAGCAGUGAAAGAGUAUAGAAAAAAGUUCUGAUAAGGAAAAUGAAAACAGGUGUUUCUUAACGGACAAGUGUGUACUGUGAACCACACUAACCUAUGUCCUGUGAGGAGCUGCUCCAUUGGCAGGCUGUGAGCCACACUAACCUAUGUCCUGUGUGUGUUGCAGUGAGGAGCUGCUCCAUUGGCAGGCUGUGAGCCACACUAACCUAUGUCCUGUGUGUGUUGCAGUGAGGAGCUGCUCCAUUGGCAGGCUGUGGGGAACUCUCGCUGUCGAGGAACAUGGAAGAAGGUCCAGAGAACUGCGUACUGCUCCUGUCCCCACGUCCACAGCUUCCUCUUCAUAUAAACACUCAGCCUCAGUCCCGACUGGCACCCUAUUCCCUAUAUAUAUAUAUAGUGCACUGCUUUUGACCAGAGUCAAAAAAAAGUAUCCUUGUCCUAGAGAGAUUUACAUGGUUAUCAAAAACGUAACGACGGGGUUAGCCUACAUGAAACACAGCCCUUAUUUUAAGUGUUUCUAAAAAUCCCCAAUGGGAAAAAAAUGAAUGGUGAAAAAAACCGAUUGAUACCAUUUCCCCGUUUGCCGCUAGGUUUUAUGGGUAUUAUGACUGGGACUCUACAGGGCUCUGGUAGUGCACUGUAUGUAGGGAACAGGGUGACAUUUCAGACUCAGCAAGUCGUAUGCACGCCAAAACAACACAAAAUCAAAGUUAUACAUCUUUGUUUAAUGAAAUCAGUAUAUAACAUCUAUGUUGUAAGAACAUUUGAGUGACUUUUCAAUAUGCACAGACAACCACAUGACAUUCCACAAAUGAUAGAUUGAACUAAUUUACUAUUUACAUAAUGCUGCUUUGUAUUGUCACUCUUAAAAGGCUGUGUGAGAUAUUAAAUAAAACCAUGAAAGACAUUUAACAAUGUUUUUUUUUUCUUCAUUUUUAUCAAACAUUUAGUUUGAUGGUGUUAAGCUUUGUGUGUUUUAGUUAUUGAUAGUUAGAAGCUAUUGAUAAGUUAAGAGGUAUAAAUCGUUUUGUAAAAAUGUGAAUCUACAAGUUUUUAAACUGUGCUUGUCCACAGCAGGAUAAAUAGCUACCUCUGCUGGUUACUGGUAGUAAUAACAUGAUCACAACAGCAAUUUCCUCCACAAUACGCAUUUGCAUUGAAGCGGUGUGUUAAAGGCCGGGAUUCAAUCCGAUCGCAGGUUGUAGACAGUGCAGCUUUUCAAUGACAAGGUUCUCGUGUUUGUGGAGAUCGCAUUCAUGGUAAAACCCUGCGUAUGUCAGCUCAACUGGAAAUCACCUUAAUCGGAUUGAAUGUCAGUUACAGCUACACCAUCUCUCACACUCAAAGUGGCAGCUCUGGAAAUACAAGGACCCAGAAGCAAAAACUAUAAUUCCUUCUAUAACCAGGGGAUUUGAACAAUACAUCCAACAAUAGAGUAGAUAGACCCCCUGAGUUCAGAACAGACCACAAGACUAAGGCUCAGACCCAAAUGUCACCCUAUUUCCUAUACAGAGGCCCCAUAGGGCUCUGGUCAAAUGUAGUGCACUUCUUAGGGAAUAUAGGGAGUCAUUUGGGACACACCCUUAGUUUUACUUAGUAUGUGUUGACUUUAAGACUUCUUGAGGACCCUCCAGCGGUCUUUGAGUUGAACCUCUGCGCGAUCCUGGAAGUCGUGUUCCGGGAGGAUGCGUGACCACUUCCCCUCCCCGUGGCGCUUCACUCCCACCUUCAGCGCAACGUCCAGACCCCACGGCCACUUCUACACAGAAAGCAGUAGGGUUCUACACAUUAAAGGGGCAAUCUGCGAUUGGUACAUCCAUUUUGGACUUUUAAAUUAACUAUAGCCAUUGAUACUUGAAGAAUAUAACUUAUAAAUGCCUCAUGAGCUUAAUUUAACUGUCUUACGCCAUCAGAACCAUAAAUAUAAACUUGUUUUAAUCCAUUGUUUGUAAACAUUUCAUUUAUUUGGAUAAUUACUAAGAUGUACUCUCAUCAGUGAAACUGUCAGUAUGCUAGUUGACCUAUCCCGUGAGUCUUCCUGGUUGUAGUGCUGUCAGUGUGCUAGUUGACCUAUCCCGUGAGUCUUCCUGGUUGUAGUGCUGUCAGUGUGCUAGUUGACCUAUCCUGUGAGUCUUCCUGGUUCUAGUGCUGUCAGUAUGCUAGUUUACCUAUCCUGUGAGUCUUCCUGGUUCUAGUGCUGUCAGUAUGCUAGUUGACCUAUCCUGUGAGUAUUCCUGGUUCUAGUGCUGUCAGUAUGCUAGUUGACCUAUCCUGUGAGUCUUCCUGGUUGUAGUGCUGUCAGUAUGCUAGUUGACCUAUCCCGUGAGUCUUCCUGGUUCUGGUGCUGCCAGUGGUGUUCAGAGUUGUGUUGCUAAGAGUCUUGGUGUUCAGGGUCGUCUCAGAUGAGGCUCCUCGGUAG